AUGGCUUUCUCCACCGAAAACACCAUCCUCUCCGCCGGCCGCCCCUCGGGCACCUACGGCUGCGUCCUCCAAGGCGGUCGUCCCUCCGGCACCUACGGCUGCGUCCUCCAGGCCGGUCGUCCUUCCGGCACCUACGGCUGCGUCUUGCAGCUCCAGGUCUUCCGCUCCAACAAGACCAACUCGGCUUGCACGCUCCAGGGAGGUCGUCCUUCUGGCACUUACGGGUGCGAGCUCCAGGCUAUGGAGUAA